CACAAGGAAGUGCUGGAGCUCACACGCACUGUCACUGCACAUCAGGUACGCUCAAUAUGUUUGAUUCUCGUGUCGUUUCCCACGAUAUUACUGUUCCAAAUAGCUGCUUCAACCCAAGGAAUCAUUAAAUGAUUGUGCUUUUCAGCACGUGUCAAUACGUAUUAUGAUCACAACUCAUGUGGACACCACCCCGGUGUAUACGAUAGUUUAAGUGCGUGAACAUUUAAUUCAAAAUCGACCUCAAAAGUAUCACACGGUUGGGUAUGCCACAGUCAGAUGGAUUCGCCGGAGCCAAAGACAACGAAAACGGUGUCCAGAGAGGACGUGAGUAAAGAAAGCAUGGCGAACAGCCGCCAGGUCAUCGGAAUAAAUUUCUGUGGGUCCACGCCUCUGAUGUGGCGUGCGGACGAGUUGAAAUCGGCCCGUGAACUGGGCAUCAUAGGGACCAUGGUGGGGUCUCUGGCCCGACAACCUAGGCAGAACACCCGGAUGGGGAGACCCCUUGAGCUGCUGCCGGAGGAGGGACGACUGCUGGCGGACAUGGGGAGAGCUGCAGUUAUUCCUGACUCAACAAAUGAGGAUCCCGAGGUGAACCCAGAGCAAGUGGAGCAGUACCAUGCAGGACUGGAGAACAGCUUUCAGGAACAGGGUGCCUUGGCCUUGGAGGACAGGAAGACGACAUUACGGAGAGUUAUGACUGAGAAACAUAACGAGGGUUCUGGAAGGCAGGAGGACUCGGACGGUGCGGUUCGAGACCGUCUCGAAGCUCUGGACCACGGCUUCUCAUUCCCUCGCACGGCCAUGGCGGUACAACUGUGCACAGCCCGAGCAGGACUGUCUCACUGUCCCGAGGUGCACCGUUUCCUGGCCGCAGACUGGCCCAUACCACCGGACGAGAGGUCCGAGACCCGGUUCCGAGUGUUCAGGGACCUGAGACGCCAGGGCUUCUACCUCACCUCGGCCGGGAAGUUUGGGGGAGACUUCCUGGUGUACCCAGGUGACCCCCUCCGUUUCCACGCCCACUUCAUUGCCGUGUGUGUCUCCAUGGACGAGUCGAUGCCCCUGUGUGACGUUCUGGCCAUCGCCAGGCUAGGGUCCAAUGUGAAGAAGACAGUCCUGCUGUGUUCGUCAGGGGAAAGCCAGGAAGAUGACGGGGGGGAGGUGGUGUAUACGUCACUACAGUGGAGUGGAAUGGUGUAGCACCACAGUGGGAGACUAUAGGUGGAAGCAAUAUGGCGACAUCUCUCAUCUAGCCAGAGGCUACACGUCACUACAGUGGAGUGGAAUGUUGUAGGCAGCACCACAGUGGGACACUAUAUAUGCCGAUAUUUUUCACCUAGCCAAAAGUUAUUUUAUAAUACUUAUAUUUUUCAAAUUCAUUCAGCACAGGAGUGCCAAUGGUGUAGAGUCUAGGGGUUCAUUUGUAAUUUCAGUCACUAAACAGGAGUGGGACGGUUACAGACAGCAGGGGUGUAUUCAUUAGGAAGCAAACGGCGCGGGAUUUAUCUACAUUUGUCCAAUAAGAAACUUGUUUUUCCACUGCAAAACAUUUUGUUAGUGUCCACUAAUGAAUACACCCCUGGUGCGUUGCGCUCCAGUCCAAUGGGAUGGCUACUAUUAUUGUAUGACAAUCAGCAGCGGUACGGGGGGGCUUCCUUGGAAAAAUAUUUACUUUGAAGUGUGUGUGGAUUGUAAUGUGAGAAUUGUUGAAAAUAUAGUUGAAGACCAUUCACUUUUGUGUAACCAGUGUUUGAGUGCCAAUAUGUAGAGAGAGUUGCCACCACAGAAGAAAAGGAAAACACUGAAAACGUUUUGGAAAAUAAAAAUGAGUGUUUCAUAUGGAACACUCCAGGUAGUCCCUCCCA